AUGUCGGAAUACUGGAAAUCAACGCCGAAAUAUUGGUGCAAGCAUUGCAGCACCUUUGUCAAAGAUACUCCCCUUGAACGCAAACAACAUGAGGGAACCACCAAGCAUCAAAAUAACCUGAAACGGUUUCUUCGCGACAUCCAGAACAGUCAUGAGCGAAGCGAACGGGAAAAAGAGCAGGCGAAGUCAGAAGUCGACAGGCUGAAGGGAGUCGCUGGUGGUGACACAAACCGACCCUCGAGCUCUUCACAGCAGGCCGCUCAGUCUGCAUCGAAAACUCCCUCCGGCCCUCAAUCCACUGCAGAUCGGAAGAGACAAUGGGCACAGCUGGCCGAGAUGGGAAUCAAGGUCCCUGAAGGGUUCCGCUCUGAAAUGGCAAUGGCGGGUGACUGGCAGGUGGUGUCACAACAAACAACUGAUGAGACACCAUCAGAAGCGCCUCUAAGUAAAGGUGUCAAGAAACGCAAAUACGAAGGCCAGGAUGAAGAAGAGGAGGAGAAGAAAGAAGCUGGAGAGGCUGUCGUGCGACGCGGUUGGGGUGCUGCCACCAAAAGAUAUCCUGGCCAUGACAAAGCCGACCUUGACGACCUCUUGUCAGGUUCGAUCUCAGUGAAGAAAGAAAAGUCCACAUCCUCGGUCGCGCAAUUUAAAAAGGAAGAGAAGGACUCUUUGCAACAGGGAAACAACCCUGUGCUCAAUCAAGAUGGGCGCGAAGGUGGAGAUUGUACCUCUCUCAAGGUAGAAUCUCCUCUCCGCAGCCGCGCAAACGACGAUGACCCUGUUCUGAAAGAGGAGCCAGGCUCAUCACGACCGUCUAAGUCUAUGGACCAGAUCCCUGAGGAGAUUCCAAUUCCUGUAUUCAAGAAACGUAAGGCUAAAGUAUCCUGA